AUGGUUCAUUUACAGGAAACAAAAAUUAAGCAGUGGAGUACAAGGGAAAUCACAUCUUUGGGACUGGGCAGUGAUGUGAAAUGGGUGGAGUCCCCAGCUAAUGGAAUGUCGGGUGGUAUACUGACUCUGUGGAGGGAUGAGGCUUUUAUACUUUCACACCAGCGGUCUGCAGCUAAUUGGAUUCUAGUAAGGGGUUCAUCUAAUUUUGUAGUGGGAGGAAUUGCAUUCCUAAAUGUAUAUGCUCCUCAAGCUACAGCUGAAAAGAGAAAAUUGUGGGAAGAGCUGUUAGAUAUCAUUCUUACCCUGAAAGAAAAAUACAUCAUGGUAAUUGGUGACUUCAAUGCGGUUAGAAAGGCAACGGAAAGAGUAAAUUGCAUACACCGCAAGCUAGAUAGUGAGCUGUUUCACAAUUUUAUCACAAGUUCUGGCUUGAUCGAAGUUCCUUUUAUAAAUUCAGAUUUCACAUGGUACGGUCCAGAUGCAAAAGCAAGCAAACUUGAUAGAGUUUUAGUCUCUUCUGCAUGGUUUUUGGAUGGGGAUUGGUUGGUGCAUGCUGAUAACAGAUGUACGUCGGAUCACAAGCCCAUAAUUUUCAAAAGUGCAAAUAGAGACUGGGGUCCCAAAUCUUUUAAAUUCUUCAAUUGCUGGCUACAGGAAGAAGAUCUCCGGAGUUACUAA